AUACACUUAAGGUGUCAUGUAACAAGAUUAAAGGAUAAUAAUAUUUUUAUAAUAAUGCGAUUUACCCUGUAAUUCUUAUCCAAAUCCAAUUAAAUUCUUCAAUUUUGUUUUCCUUCUAUUAGUUUUAUUUAUCCUUUCCGUUAAUCUCUACCUUAAAAAAACCCAUUCCUUUUUUCAGCCGCAAAAAAAGAGAUAAUUUUUAACUAUUUCUCUCGGUUCCUUUAUCUUUUCAUUAACCUUUAAUUUUUUUUUUGUUGUUUUGAUAAUCAAAACAAUUCAAUUAACGACACCACCACCGACCUCUUUUCUUUUUUUUUGUUCCCUUUUUCUUCAAGUUCUUAUAGAAUUUAAUUUUAAGUCAACCUUUUCGUCCUGAAUUUCUCUUUCGAAAACUCUUUUAAAUGGUUUUUUUAAUUAAUAAAAAAAACUAUUUUGUUAUUCUGUUUUGCUUACUCUACUUUGCAUGCCUGUUUCUCUUUCUUGGGUUUUAGUUAAAAUUUUCAUUUAAUUUUUUUAUAAUUUAAAUUCUGGUUCAUUCAUUUCGGGUAAUGGUGGGGAUUGGGUCGUUUUCUUAGGGUUUACUUUCUCUUCUGUUUUUCUUUUUUUUGGGGUUUUUGUUCUUUUCCGUUUAGAAUUAUUUAAUUAGUUGGUGACAUUAAAGAUUUUGUUUUUUUGUUAAAGCUACCAGGUUUCUCUAAAUUCUGGUCUAAACAAAAAUCCAGUUUACUUAUUUUUUUUUAAAAUGCAAAUCAUAAAAUUUGGGUCAUAAGUUCAAUUUUGAAUACAGGAUUCUAAUAGGAUUUGGGGUUGGUGAAACAGGGUUUUUUUUAUCCGAUCAUAUGUAUAUUUGAUUGAUAUUUAUCCUCUUGUCCUGAAUUGGAGAAUCUUGCAACUUAUUUUUUAAUCUUAGUUUAAAUUCCAUUGUUAUUAUCAGUAUUGCAGUUUAAGGGUCUUUAAUUGUGUUUUUUUAUUUGGUGAUUUUGUUAUAUUCUUUUAACUAUGGAUUUGAAAACUGGUGAGGAAGAUAAUGGUAUCAAGGCACCAAAGAGACAAGAUGGACUAGAAGGAGGUGGAAAUUCAAAGAUGAAGGGCAAUGGAAGCAUUAGUGGCAAAGACAUGAUCUUUAGAGCUGAUCAAAUUGAUUUAAAAAGCCUGGACAUGCAGCUGGAGAAGCACCUGAGCCGAGUUUGGUCUAGGAACAUUGAGAAACAAAGGCUAGCUGAGGAAUGGGAGAUUGAUUUGGCUAAGUUGGAUUUAAGGAAUGUUAUAGCUCAUGGCACCUAUGGGACUGUUUAUCGUGCCACUUAUGAUAAUCAAGAUGUUGCAGUUAAGCUGCUGGACUGGGGCGAGGAUGGUAUCGCCACAACUGCUGAAACUGCUGCUCUACGAGCAUCAUUUCGGCAAGAGGUUGCUGUUUGGCACAAGCUUGAUCAUCCUAAUGUUACAAAGUUUAUAGGGGCCUCAAUGGGAACUUCAAACCUUAAGAUUCCUUCGAAAAAUCCUUCGGCUGACAAUCACAAUCCCCUUCCCUCUAGAGCAUGCUGUGUUGUUGUCGAGUAUCUCCCUGGUGGCACACUGAAACAAUACUUGAUAAGAAAUAGGCGAAAGAAACUCGCAUUUAAGAUUGUGGUCCAACUUGCUCUGGACCUUGCCAGAGGUCUCAGCUACCUGCACUCGAGAAAGAUUGUACAUCGUGAUGUCAAAACAGAGAACAUGUUGCUAGAUGGUCAUAGAAACCUUAAAAUUGCAGAUUUUGGUGUUGCACGCGUUGAAGCUCAGAAUCCACGAGACAUGACAGGUGAAACCGGUACUCUCGGCUAUAUGGCCCCUGAGGUUCUUGAAGGUAAACCCUACAACAGAAUAUGUGAUGUCUACAGCUUUGGCAUUUGCUUGUGGGAAAUUUAUUGCUGCGAUAUGCCUUAUCCGGACCUUAGCUUUGCCGAUGUGUCAUCUGCUGUUGUUCGACAGAAUCUACGACCAGAUAUCCCGAGAUGCUGCCCGAAUUCUUUAGCGAACAUCAUGAAAAAAUGUUGGGAUGCGAAUCCGGAGAAACGUCCUGCAAUGGAUGAGGUUGUGAGAAUGCUAGAAGCUGUUAAUACAAGCAGAGGAGGAGGGAUGAUACCGGACGACCAAACGCCAACUUGCUUAUGUUUAGUCUCGCCUCGUGGUCCAUGAUUCUCGCAUCACAGUCCAUGAUUCUCGAACGGUAACCUAAAACCGAAGUUCUUUUUUACAAAAGAGGUUACAGACAGUUUGGAUUUGAACUCCGAAGCCCAAAUUCCGACCUAAUAAAAUACCUUCUCGUAAGAGUGGUUGCAAGAAGCACUUGAUGAAUUCUAAAAUUAAAAGGUUUUGAUAUUGUUAUGUAACUAUCAUACUUUGAUUGUGUUAAUAUUUCAUUACCAUGAAACUCCAUUUUACAUUUUGUUGAUGAAAUGAUUUGAGUUAAAAA